AGCCAUAUUACACAUUCUUGAUAACCCACAUUAUCCGAGCUUUGGAAGGUUGAAAUUCUAAGAAAAUAAUUUUAUCAUUAGGAUGAAUUAUAUCAUUUUUAACUCGUUUGCAAGUAUAAGCUAGUUAAAAUUUUGAUUUUUUCAUGAUUUUUUAAACAAACUUCGAGUUUAUGAAGUUGAAAUCAUUUUUCAUUUCAAUAAUCGAGUAUCUCUAUCAUACUCUCCCGCCGGAUUAUAUCGUGCGUUUUCGGACGUCAUCGUUAUUCCCAGAAGCACUCUACUGUAGUGACACGGCUUUCUCGAAUUAUCGAGAUUCUCGGGUUUCAAGCUUUGCGUAUUCGCUGUUUUACUCAUGGGUACCGGCUCUGGCUUAGUUUCGUGCCGCCGUUAUGAAAGCUUGUUGAAGGCUUUCCAUAAGCUCUAGAAAUCUCUGGUAACAAUUCGACUAGGACAUAACGGCAUUAAUUUAGUGACUUUUCUAUCUUGAACGAUGGCAUUAUUGUUGUCAAGAUCCAGCUGAAGCUGACCCUUGUAUUUCGAAUGACAAUCAUUUUCGUUGGGUUGAAUAUUCUGGUGAAUUUGUGUUGUAUACAGGUUAGGAUACGUUUCAUAUAUUCAGUGAAACAAACAAAUAUGUUGAAACAGAAUUUGAUUACUAUGAUAAUAAUUUACACCUUUCUAUACAGUCGGAGAAUCCUAGAUCAUUGAAUUGUAAUAAUAGUUGUUAGAGAAGUGAGAGGAAUACAAACGAUACUGCGUUGAUUUGAAUAAUCAAUGCUUUCGGUUAUUCAUAUAAGUUGAUUAACUGACGUUUAGUCGGAGCCAUGCCAGUAGUAGCACGAAAUUGUCCACAUAUUUCGAAUCAUGGAGAUCUCAGUGUCAUCGAGGGAGUGUUCAAUCACCGGGAAAAAUUUACAAAGUGCAAUGAUUGCGAUAAUGAAGGCCCUGAUCUUUGGUUGUGUCUUUACCCUGAUUGUCGAUGGGUAGGAUGCACUGAAACACAUCUGGAUCAUAGCACGAUACAUAAUAAUAAAUAUCCCCUGCAUUGUGCACACAUGAAUCUAUCAACGAACAGAAUCUGGUGUUAUAUGUGCGAGAGGGAAGUGAUAACAAGGCAUAUUCCAUCGCCGUCUACAUCACCGACGCAGAUGAAUGUUAAGGGUGGAGCAAAUUAUUUUGUAGGGGAUGGACCGGGAGGUGUUAAUUAUAAGGCUGAGGUUGAUAGUUUCGGCAUUCUCUUAGAUAGAUUUUACACCAACCACGAUGCAAAGUUCAAUUUUGAAAAAAGCGGUGAUUCACCGGAUAGUUCAGAUUCCGAAGAAAUUCGAGACUUGGCUAGCAAACCACGUGGUCUUGUAGGCCUUCAAAAUAUUGGCAAUACUUGCUAUAUGAACUCAGCCCUUCAAGCCCUUUCCAAUGUCGUUCCACUGACUCAGUAUUUCUUGGAUUGUGGUCAAGCAGUUUCGUACAUCGUAAAAGAUCGGAAGCCAGGGUUGAGUUUGAAUUAUAUGAAUCUGGUGAAGGAUAUGUGGAACAGGAACACUCGAGGGUAUGUGGUUCCUAAUGGAAUUCUGUCUGGGAUUCGGGCAGUUAAUCCAAUGUUUCGUGGAUACCAUCAGCAUGAUACUCAAGAGUUUCUCCGGUGUUUCAUGGACCAACUGCACGAGGAAUUGAAAGAGCGAAUCGAAGAAGGCAGAGAACAGCAUAUUUAUCUGCAGGUCACUGAAUCCUCCGAUGACGAAGAUCCAGAGUUGGACGCUACGACCUCUAGUCAAUCAGAUGCUGAAUAUGAGACGUGCGACUCUGGAGUGAGUGAGCAAAGUUCUACCAGUGACGAUGGUGACCGAGGAACGAAACGUCGUUACUCUCGAGCUUCUCAAUCUGAGAAACUCCGAAAUAAGUUCACGACCCGAAGCAUGAAGAAGCCCCUCGAUGAACAGUAUAACCAAUCGCAGAGAUCACUCCAAAACUCUCCAACGAAACAUCGAGCAAAAAAGCAAAUGAAGACACGAAGUAUCAUUAGCGAUAUUUUUGACGGGAAACUAUUGAGCUCAGUUCAAUGUUUAAUGUGCGAUCGAGUCUCCACAAGGGUGGAAACCUUUCAGGACCUCUCACUACCAAUUCCGAGCAGAGACCACAUCGACAUGUUGCAUCAGGGUUCGUUAACCCCUCAAAAAGCGGGUCCAUGCUCUGACGUGGUUUACGUGACUAAUCAAUCAGGGUGGAUGUAUUGGUUAAUCCAAUGGAUGCGUUCCUGGUUCUGGGGCCCAGUCGUUAGUCUCCACGAUUGCCUCUCUGCCUUUUUCAGCGCAGACGAACUCAAAGGAGACAAUAUGUACAGUUGCGAAAAGUGCAAUAAGCUUCGAAAUGGAAUCAAAUUUUCUAAAGUCUUAGAUCUUCCAGAAAUUCUUUGCAUUCACCUCAAACGUUUUCGUCAUGAACUAAUGUUCUCCUCAAAAAUAGCAAAUUAUGUGUCUUUCCCUUUGGAUGGAUUAGAUAUGCACCCAUAUCUCCAUAAAGAUUGUGUCUCCAAAGUCACUACGUACGACUUGAUAUCUGUCAUUUGUCAUCAUGGAACAGCUGGAGGUGGACAUUACACUUGUUAUGCACUAAAUUCAGAUGUAAAUCAAUGGUUCGAAUUCGACGAUCAAUGUGUGACACAAGUAUCUCCAGAAACUGUCAAAAAUUGUGAAGCCUACGUACUUUUUUAUCAGAAAAGUUCUUAUGAAAUAACUGAGUGUCGUGAUAAAAUAGUGGAACUGUUAGAGAGUUCUUUUAAAGCACCUGAGUUAAAUUUCUAUGUAUCCAGAGCAUGGAUCAAUAGAUUUAACACUUGUUCAGAGCCUGGAAUGAUUGAUAAUUCAGACUUUUUGUGCCCUCAUGGGGGAAUUAAUCCAGUGAAAGUUAAUUAUAUUGAUAAAUUGAGUAGGCCACUACCGCAGGCGGUCUGGGAACAUCUUUAUAACACAUUUGGAGGUGGGCCUGCUUGUACACAUUUGUUUGAGUGUCCUGUUUGCGUGGAAAAGUAUGAGACACUGCAGCAGAGGAGGAGAUAUGAGUUGGAGAUAUUCCAGAAGUUUAAUAAUAUGGAGAAUCCCACGGCCAUUUAUGCACUGGCGAUGAUCUGGUUAAGACAGUGGCAAGGCUUCGUAAAGGGAAAGGAAACACAGCCUCCAGGACCUAUCGAUAAUUCAUCGAUUGUGCUCAUUGUUAAUGCCCAGAAAGUUCUGAAACCUGGUUCAGAUUGUAGCCAAGUAUCGGAAGACGUCUGGCAAUUCUUUGUGAGUAUCUACGGUGGUGGUCCCGAGUUAGUUCUCCAAACUUGUCAACGACCACAAAUGCAUCAAGCCAAUACUUCUCUACAUUCCACAUCAGCACCCAACUUGGCAGGGCAGAGUACAAAACAAGCUCUCAUCGAUCCCAAGACAACUAAAAUAAUCAUUACUAAAAGUACAGAGGUGAUAUCUCAGCAAGACAGUGCUAUCGAGAGUAUCGCGUCUGACAGUGAUUCGAUAAAAACUCAGAGGGAUUUUAAUGUAUAAAAUCGUUAACAGACAGGUGUUAUUAUUCAAUGAUUGAUGGAUUAUCUAAAUGUAGUGAAAAGUGAUCAAUAGAUUUCAAUUAGCCAUCACAAAAUUAUUCUAGUAAAUAUGGAUUGGAUAAAUAAAUCUUAACUGAAGAUCUUUAUUAGAUAUUUAA